UUUGAUUCUCUAGGUAUAAUUUUGUUUACAAUUUUUUUCAGGAGUUUUUUUUUUCCUUCAAAUAUGAAUGAGAACAUGAAGCACUUUCAAAAGAAAUUAACAGAAUUGGAACUCGAAGCUGAGCAUCUUCUCUUAGCCCGGCAUCAGCUGGUUGAGAAUGAUAAGUUGAGGAAUGGGAACAGAGAAGCACUUACUGCAUUAAGGAAAAAGGCUCGGACAACAACGAGUAGUGUUCCAUCUCCUUAUGGAUCAAUAAUGAAGGGAGUUUCAAGACCUCUGGUGCAAGAAGUGUGUACUACCUGUGGUAACCAUGACUCUUUCGAGCAGACGUGGACAAUGUUUCCAGGAACUGAUCUGUUUGUCGGAAUUCCAUUUCAUGUUGCUCAUACUAUAUUGGAAACAGAUCAAGCUCAGCUUGACUUUGAGGCAAAGAAACUACAGAGCAUUGUGAAGGAAAAAACACUUAUUAUAUCAGAUACAGGUGCUCUUGCAGACAAGAUUAGUCCCGGAGUGCUUAAAUCGCUUGUAACCUUAAACGACAAACCAAAGUAAGAUGCUUUAUGCCGACUAUGGCAUGUCACAGUGUCUUUUGGAAAUAAUUUCUUCAGGCAUUUAGGUAGUUUAUUCAAGUCUUGAUGUUGAAGACAAGUGAGUGUCAUGGAUUAUCUGUACCUAUCAGCUUU